GUGACAUUGACAGUGACAGUAUUUAUAUUCUAUUCUAUAUCCCACAUUUUGAGGUUAGAUAAUCCGAAGAAAAUACAAUAAUUCGGCAUCAAAAAGUUAAAACAAACUAUCAAAAUGCCGUUCAUGAAAGGAAGAGCGCCGAUUCGUCGCACAUUAAACUAUCUAAACGCUGGAAGACUCGUGUUGAAAGACAAAAUCAAAAUAUUUUCUGUCGCCUAUAACAUUGCGGGGCAGAAUAACGCUGGUGCAAAGGAUUUCGUGUUCUGGUAUUUGCCUCAGAUACAGUACAAGAAUCCGAACGUGCAGGUCGCGACGCUGAAGAAUCUGACGCCCUCACCAUUCAUUAAGUGUUACUUUGAAGAUGGUCGGCAAGUUUUGAUAGAUAUUGAUAAUAAGUCAAAGGAAGAUGUAUUAGAGCACUUAUUGAAUACUGUUGGGAAGAGUAAAGACGUGUUGGAAGCGGAGGCGGUGGCUGCGGAGAAGAAGGAUAACCCGGCGAACUUCGGUGUUGGUUGUGAGCGAGCAUGUAUGUGUGAGAACUACGGACAAGUUCCCUGCUCCGGUGUAGUAACAUUGCCUAAAUUUAUGAGAGGGAAGUACAAGAAUCCGGCGAAUUAGUUUAGGAAUGUGAUGGACAUGUGUUGAUAAUGCUUAUUCAUAUUUGAAACAAGGGACUACUAUGAUUAAAAAAAUGAAUAAAUUAUGGAAUUUAAUAACAAAACUUCAGUGUGACAAAGACAUGUUAAAUAUGUUACAAUGGGGCACUCACAUAUUUUAAGUUGAAAACGCUCGACAUGUUUCACUCCGUACGGAACUUGCUUUUCAAGUGUCAUCAGGAGUUUGCGUUGACAGACCGGCACAGACUCAACUUAAAAUAUGUGAGUGACCCGUUUUAACAUAUUGCAUAAAUUAUGGAUGUCUAAAAGUAGGUAAAACUAUGUGUAAAAAAAACUCUGUAAAAUAUUUCUUAUUUCAGACCUUUGUAUUUUAUGAACAAUCAUUAUCAAUAAUGUAAUAUAAGUUUUGUAGUAAUUCAAUAGAUAAUUGUUAAUUUAGUAAAAAAAAUAAUCUCAA